AUGCGUCUUUUAAUUUCACGCACAACACUCGUCUCGUUUCCCUGUGCCAUACGAUGGUGGUCAGCUCUGACUGAGAGCAAUCACUGCUCUCCCGUGGUACUCCCUGCUGCCAUAGCACUGGCGUGCUCCAGUGGUGCGAGGCUCAGCACCAAGCUCGGAGCUGCCUUGCCUGGGUCGGAGGAGGAACUGGGAGUCAGGGUAAUCACUGAAUCUUACAUAUUUUCUUUCCUGCAGGGCACUGUUCGAAGGAUUAUUAUCGAGAAUCCUGAUCAGGAGCCGCUGUCCCCAUUUCUUAGAGGGGGGAGUUUCUGUCCUGGAAAUAAUGUCAUCUAUGAAAAGACAAUAAGAAAAUACGAGCUAUUAAAUCCCCACCAAGAGAAGCAGUAUCAGCUUUCCCACCAGUGCCAGAUUCCCCAGCCAGCUGAUCAGUGCCAUGUUGUCCAGCCCUGCCAGCGCUGGGAGCAGCCCCAGGUCACUCACCAGUGCCAGCAGACACAGACCAGCAGCCCCUGUGAAACAAUUCCGGUCUCGGUGAGCGACGACUGCCGGGGAAACACCGUGCGGAGGGUGACAGUCCAGACCUGUGAACCGGUGAAUUGCUCUCAGGAAAACAGCGACCAGCUGGACUGCCGCUACUUCGGUGAGCUCCUGGCUGAACUGAACCGCAAGAGCAAUGACCUGUACAGCUGUUUACUGCAGCACGUGGAGAAGAUCGGAGGAAGGAACCAUGACAUCGAAUUUACAUGUCAGACUGAAGAAAUUGAAGAUUUGAUUCCCAAAGGACUGUCUGAGGCAACAAAGCAGCAGAUUCGUUAUCUCCUCCAGAUGAGAGUGACAUCAGAUAAAUCUUUGAGACUUGUGCUUUCCACUUUCAAAAAUUUACGUGAAGAGCUUUGCCAUUUGCAGGAUGACUUGGGGAAAUUAGAAACUGAGAACAUCUGUCUUAAGAAGGAUUUGGCAUUUAAAGAUUCUCAAGUAAAAGAAUAUGAAACAAUGUUGACUUCUCUGAGAGAGAACAACCGUCAGCAGCAGCAGGGACUCAGGGAGAGCACUGCAAAAUGCCGCUCUCUGGAGGAGCAGCUCCUCUCCCUGCGGCUCAGCGAGGGAGGGAAGGAUUGUCAGCUGAAGGAGCUGGAGUUCUGCAAACGCGCCCUGGAGCAGGAGAUCCAGAGCCUCAAGCUACAGACCUGCUCUAAUCCAACACUACAGGCCACCACGGAUGAACUCUCCAGCCGUUACGUAGAGAUGAUCAAUAACUUGAGAGAGGAUAAGGACCGUGAGAUCCGCAGUCUGAGGAACCAGCUGUGCCAAUUCCAGCAGGAUAUAUCAAGGAGAGAAGGAAGUAACAGCGACCUGCAAAUGAGGUUGCAUGAACUGACGUCAAUGCUGGAGGAGAAAGAGGCUUUUAUUAAACAACAGCAAGAGGACCUCUUCAGACUGAAGCAUGAGAAGUUAUCAGGCAGCCAGUCCCCUGGUGUAACAGCGAUCAUCACCAAGAAGUACAGAAAUCAGUAUCCUAUCCUGGGUCUCCUGUCCGAUGACUACAAGGUUACAUCCCCUGUCAAUAAAUCACAAACUAUUGUAAUUGAGAGGACUGGCGAGAUAUGGAAACACGAAUGAAAGAAAUCCGUGAGAGCAGCCAAAAGGAGUUCACGACAACUAAAAUUGCUUUCUUUUCUGCUAUGCUGCAUCUGAAAAAGGCUGGGGAGCACAUUAAGGACAUGGAAGCACAAAGAUGACUCCAAACACUGUCUCAUCCUCACCAUAAUGAGCCCUGUUACCCGUGUCUGUAAUCUGCCACUAACAGCUGUGUACAGAUGUUAUUUGUACUUUUUCAUGCACUUACUUUUCGCUCAGGAGAGCUCGGGAUGCCAUGCUUUCGUGGACUUCAGUUUUUCUUGUCACAACCAACAUCUGUUCUUCAGCCAGUCCUGAAGCAAUCUGAAAGACAAACGAAGUCUGAAACCUUUUCCUUUUUGCACUAUUCACCGUAUUUUUCUGUCCUGUCUACUCACACUGAGAAGUGAGAGUGACACAAAUUAAGUCUGAGACACAGCGAUUGGCUGGUUUCAGUUCUAUCUGCUACUGCCUGUUGAAGAUGAAGCAAACUCCAGAAACACCCUUCAAGGGGAACAUUAAAAAUACCUCACUGAAAAUAUCUCACCUUGCAUCUGCCUAUGGAUGAGAAGCUGAAACAGAAAGGAGAAUUACUCCAGAAAAACAAUUCCUCAAAUCCAGCUACUGAAUUGGCAAAUCCCAGACUUACCUAGUUCAGGGAAAUGAUUGGGCACAUGCUAAUUUUGAAGAGUGUGAUUGACCUCAGAGCUGAUGUAUUUUCAGCUGAACCUUUAUAUGCCCCCAGACCAGCCACAGGUAUUUAUUUGCUGUGCUUGAAAAUUUUAAGAACUUGGUAUAUUUUUAUAUAGAAUGAAAAUAGCUCAUAGACUGAAUUUCAUUAUCAGAUGACCUGCCAUUUACAGUUUUUGCUCAUCACAGGACCACAGAAAUUCUCUCAAAAUUAUUUGAUAUUAAUAAUUAAGUAGUUGUCUAAGCAAUACAGUGCAGAGAAUCACAGGGGACAUUUUUAACUAUGCAAUCAAAAGGUGCUGGCUUUUUACUAGGGGGUUCUUGCUUUGCUUUAUUUCUGCAGACAUGUAUUUCUAUUCACAAGUAAUAUAUAUCAUAGACAAUGUUUAACGGUGAAAGAAUGUACGCUAUGUGUAGCUAUGAAAUAAACCUAAAUGGAACUUUCU